CAAGCCAGAGGAAGAAGCUUUGUUCCGGUUUGAGUGCGUGUCGUGCUUAGCAAUUUUAUACCAUGUCUCUCGAAAUAGAAUCGGCAGACGUUAUUCGUCUGAUCAUGCAGUAUUUGAAGGAGAAUAACUUGCAUCGCACCCUUGCAACGCUGCAGGAAGAGACCACUGUGUCCCUCAAUACAGUGGACAGUAUUGAGAGUUUUGUGGCAGAUAUCAACAGUGGUCACUGGGAUACUGUGCUUCAGGCUAUCCAGUCCCUCAAGCUCCCAGACAAGACCCUGAUUGACCUGUAUGAACAGGUUGUGCUGGAACUGAUUGAGCUGAGAGAGCUGGGAGCUGCCAGGUCUCUGCUGAGGCAGACUGACCCCAUGAUCAUGCUGAAACAGACUCAGCCUGAGAGAUACAUCCACCUGGAGAACCUGCUGGCCAGGUCCUACUUUGACCCCAGAGAGGCAUACCCUGAUGGCAGCAGUAAGGAGAAGCGGCGGGCAGCCAUUGCUCAGGCGCUGGCCGGGGAGGUCAGCGUGGUGCCACCGUCUCGUCUCAUGGCCCUUCUGGCCCAGUCUCUGAAGUGGCAGCAGCACCAGGGGCUCCUGCCUCCUGGCAUGACCAUCGACUUGUUCCGAGGUAAAGCAGCAGUCAAGGACGUAGAGGAAGAGCGCUUCCCCACCCAGCUCAGCAGACACAUCAAGUUUGGUCAGAAGUCCCAUGUCGAGUGCUCCCGUUUCUCCCCUGAUGGCCAGUAUUUGGUUACGGGAUCUGUCGAUGGUUUCAUCGAGGUCUGGAACUUCACCACAGGAAAGAUCAGGAAGGAUCUGAAAUACCAAGCGCAGGAUAACUUCAUGAUGAUGGACGACGCCGUGCUCUGCAUGUGCUUCAGCAGGGACACAGAGAUGCUGUCCACAGGAGCCCAGGACGGCAAAGUGAAGGUGUGGAAGAUCCAGAGCGGGCAGUGUCUACGGCGGUUCGAGCGCGCCCACAGCAAGGGCGUGACGUGUGUUAGCUUCUCGAAGGACAGCAGUCAGCUCCUCUCGGCUUCCUUCGACCAGACCAUCAGAGUUCAUGGUCUGAAGUCAGGCAAGUGUCUGAAGGAGUUCAGAGGCCACUCAUCCUUUGUUAAUGAAGCCACAUUCACGCCUGAUGGCCACCACAUCAUCAGUGCCUCCUCCGAUGGAACUGUGAAGAUCUGGAACGUGAAGACCACAGAGUGCACAAGCACCUUUAAGUCUCUGGGCGCCUCGGCCGGCGCAGACAUCACAGUGAACAACGUGAUCCUGCUUCCCAAGAACCCGGAGCACUUUGUGGUGUGCAACCGCUCCAACACUGUGGUCAUCAUGAACAUGCAGGGCCAGAUUGUGAGGAGUUUCAGCUCCGGUAAGCGCGAGGGGGGAGACUUUGUGUGUUGCACGCUGUCCCCCAGAGGCGAGUGGAUUUACUGUGUGGGAGAAGACUUUGUCCUGUACUGCUUCAGCACAGUCACAGGCAAAUUGGAGAGAACCCUAACGGUCCAUGAGAAGGAUGUCAUUGGUAUUGCCCACCACCCUCAUCAGAACAUGAUAGCUACAUACAGUGAGGAUGGUCUGCUCAAGCUCUGGAAACCUUAAGAUAUCAGACAGGACCAGCCUUUUGCCUGGGUGUCACACAGGAGAAGGGUCAAGGUUCAUGUUUUAAGUCCAUUUUUUUGUACAUAUUCCUUUUUUAUUUGAGUGUAGUAGGGUAAGUUUUGGGUUCUUUGGAGAGUUGUAGGUGUUUGUGAUUUAUUAGAACUGAAUAACAGCAGAUAAUUCUGUUUUUCCAUUAAAAUAUGCUUUAAUCUUUGCAAUUAAACAUUUAUCACAAUGA